AUGGGACAAGCCAACUUCUCCUCUGCAAUGAAGUUUGCAAUUGGUGUCUCUCAUCGCCUUGGCCUAUACACAAAUAUGACGUGCAUUUAUUUUGUUUUUGGCGAGCUAAAUGCGUUUUACAGCAUAAGUGAGUUAAUGAGCGCAGAGGCAGACUUAAGUGCCAAUUUUCCGAACGAAAAUCAGAUAACGUUGGGUGCAAUAUUAAAUCGUGCAAGAGAGACAUUGCUCAAUGCGGGUUCGUCUCGUGUCAAUGCUUCAAAUAUUGUUGUCGCUAUUACAAGUGGAAAGUCAACAGAUGAUAUCGAAGCGCCAACAAUUAACUUGAAGGCAUCGAAUGUGACUGUUUUUGCCAUGGGCGUGGGCGAAAAGUACUCUCUGGGGCAGUUGAAUGAGAUGGCAAGUGAAUUGGAUGAGGAUCACGUCUUCACAGCAGACUCUUGGGAAGGCGUUAAUGCUGAUUUUGUAUCUGAAGUGGCGAAGAAAAUAUAUCAAGGUGGGCUGAGUAUCUAGUUUACUUUUAUAUCGUGAAAAAAAAAAAGCAGAAUGCACGCAAGCGUUUAAGAACACUUAAGAAAUAGAAGUCAGGCGCGGAUCUAGGAAAAAUAUUGACCGCGAUUCCCUAAACUAACGCCAAAGGCGCACGUUUUCAGAAGGAAUCGGGGGCAUGCUUUCCCAGGAAAUUUUAUCAGAUUUAAUUCUCUAAAAGUCCCCUUACCUAGGCGGUUUCUGAGUCCUUCGUCGGACAGGAUAUUGGCCAGUUCCUUUGUCCUCUGAUGAAGCCUUACAAAUCAGUGGAAUAUUACUAUUAUUUCUCAUGCCCGGAAAUUGGAAAAAAAAAUAUUCAAACCAUUUUCCAUGAAAAAUCUGACCGACUUCCGUAAAGUGGUGGAAAGCGGUGUGGGUCCGCGCAUGGAAGUAGUGUAUUCUCUUCGAAACCAUCGUUAAAUACAGCAACUGAUCAAACCACUAACUACGUUAUUUUUGUUUCUCGUUAGUUGUCGACAGUUGUGUCAGCUCUCCAUGUUAUAACAACGGCUCUUGUACAAAUUUGGACGUUGGCUACAACUGCACGUGCUCUGUGGAAUAUUCUGGAGAACGCUGCGAGAAAAGUAAGAAGUCUACAAGUUACUUUUUUUAUGCGUGCAAAACAAUGAUAAAACACCUACAGUUUUGUAUGUUUUUGUAGACUAGUCCAUUCACUCCAAUCAAUGUUUCCCUAACUCUCUUGGGAGCAUGCAUUAAUGCGGAGAAAUUAUGGCAUCGAAUAGUUAUUUCUCGAAACUUCUGUUCUGGAAAUUUCGAAUUACCAGACUGAUAUUUCUCGUUAGCGAUCAAAAUCAUGCAGUUCCUCCCAUCCCCUCCCCCCUAUUUCUCGAACCUCUCGAUGCUUCACACUCGUUUCCUUUUACCCACGUAGGCGAGCCCCUAAGAACGUGUGCGUGGGAGGAGGGUUGUUCAGCUCCGCAAAUAUUCUCCAAUAGCAGAUGUCGCCCUUCGAGUUGUCUUCUUGCUGUUCUUGCCAUGUUUUUAGCUAUUAUUUCGCCUAGUUCUUACUCUUGAAACGAAUGAAAUGUCCGCCGUUUUUGUUUUCACAACCAAAACAACUCAACCUCGUCCCCUGGUCUUCUCGGUUAACAGUGCAUUAACCUGAAGAAGAAGGCUGCACUUUUGACGUCAUUGGUUCAUUAAACACAAAAUUUUUCCAAAUUUGGUCAUGGUGAAUGAUGAGUGUUUUUUAAGCCAAUAAGAAUCGGGGAAAUAUUUUGAAUGAGUAAUAAAAUAUAAUAUUUUAAGUUUCGACGACAAUGUUCAUACAGAUUCAUCGGAGUGUAUAAUGGGACCUUAUUACGAUUGAUUUAACAAAUAAUACAGUUUUGACUUAAGAUGAUGUUACACCCAAUUCCAACCCCCCCCGCCCCGCCUCGUUUAAGCUUUUAUCCCAAAUUUUAAAUCAACAAGCCCAGGUGUUUAUUAGAGAAAGUGCAUUUAAACAACAACAUCCACAAAAAACAAGAAAAUGUCUGUUCUUAAAUAGGCAGAUCAGUUGAAUAUCUUUCGCUGGGUUGUUUCCAUGACCGAAAUAACACGCCCGUCAUUCCCUCCCUGGAGUCAAUAAGUGCAACCUACCUCAACGGACCUUAUCAGACAAGAGAAAAUGCAGUAAAGAAAUGUGCUUUAGAAACAGCAAAGGUUGGCUUCAAAGCGUUUGCCCUGCAAGAUGGAGGAUCUUGCCUUUCUGGGCCUUUUGCUCAUCUAAACUACAGCAUUUACGGUGAAACAGCUUGUCCACCUGGAGAAAAAGGGGGCAAAAUGUAAGCGAAGUUUAUUUACUGGGCGGUAAGUUUGUCUUUUGAAUUUUCACUAAGUUUAGUUACAUUAAAACGUGUCCAUACCACUUUUUUUUUUAGGAAAAGGGGUGUCUGUACCCGGGCUACAAGCAUUUAGGUGCCCUCUAGACAGUGGCGGAUCCAGGGAAGGGACCCGGGAGGCCCGCCCCCCUCCUCCCUUAUUUUUAGACCAAACGGAGGCCCGAAGGGCCAAAAAAACUUGUUUUGGAGACCACCCCCCCUACUUAUCUAAGGGUUGGAUGACCGCCUCCCCCUUAUCUCAAGAUCUGGAUCACUGCUAGAUAUAGAUCGCUUAUGGAAAAUUGAGUGCUUGCAAAGCAAGGAAGGGACAUUCGUCCUUCGUUUUCAGUCAAAAUUCUACCACCUAAAUAAGUUUAGUCGCACACAAGUACAACGUAAUUAAUGAACUUAAUUAAUGGAUCAUUUGUCCAUACUUUUGGUUAUGAUAUGAAUAGAUAUCUUGUGGUUCAUUUUUGUAUCCUUGAAUCAUAUUUUAUUUCAAACUCAUUAUCAUACAUCAUACCCAAAAACAAAGGAAUAUAUUUAAACCAAUUAAAGAGAACCUCAAAAUGUCUAUAUUAUGACUAUGAUAAACAUUUUGUAUUAAGCAACGCGAUUAUAUUUGUUCUUUCAUUGCGUCUUUAUUAUUGUUGUUAUCAUCACUGUGUAUUUAUGUAUAUGUAUUUUCUCCUUUGUGAAAGCGAAAUGUGGAAAGUUGCUGCAGGAGAGACUCGUACAUCUAUCGGACAGGACUAUAAAAGGCUCGUCGUACAGAGAUCACUGGGGAGUUCCAUACUUAGACGGGGAUUAUUCCUGGUGUCCACAGGGCGUGGACAUAAAGCGUGAAAUUGAACUUGAACUUA